AUGUCCAGCCAUAACAAUACAGAGGAGUUUCGGACCAAGGAAGGCUUCCUUUGGACGCCUUCUGGAUCCACUGAAGGCCUCCUCACUCGCUCAGUGGUAGCCAGCACAACCCGUACGGAACUCUCUUAUGACGUUAUCGUCAUUGGAGCUGGAUUCGCAGGUCUCGUGGCCGCUCGUGAUCUGUCCAAAACCUCCAAAGCAAAGGUAUUGUUGAUUGAGGCACGAGACCGAAUCGGCGGCCGAACAUGGACCUCACACGAGUUCGGCGAGGACAUUGAGAUGGGUGGAACUUGGGUUCACUGGAGCCAACCGCACACCUUUAGUGAACUGGUUCGUUACGGCCUGGACAAGAAGCUGAAGCCCACAAUCGCGAGCAUCAACCCUGCACAGAACACUCACACCUUUGACUCCAAGGUGGGAGAGAUUUCUGCCGAGUUCAGCGCUAAGCUUGAGAAGGUCGCAGAGGAAUUCUGUACUAUUGAUGGCUAUACCAGCCGAGAGCUUCUCCCGUACCCGCAUGAUCCGUUUCGCGAACCAUGUCAAUGGCGCAAGUAUGACAAGAUGUCCGCGCAGGAACGUCUUGAUCAAAUGAGCGUCCCGGAGAAGGAGAAGGAUGUCUUUAAGGCCUAUAUUGGUCUCUACGGGCUAUGCUCUACCAAGGAAAUGAGCUUUUACGAAGUUCUUCGUUGGUAUGCGAUCUGUGGUCACUCUCUUGCUGGCGUUCUGGAAUGCACCAGCGCUUAUAAGCUGGGGUCUGGUGGUAUGACAUCCUUUGCUCAAGCCAUACUUGGGGAGUUCAAAGGUGAUCGUCUUUUCAGCACUGAGGUCUCAGAGAUCAAACAAGGUGGCACCACCGCGCAGAUCAUUACAGCAAGUGGCCAGCAGAUUUCCGCCUCUGUAAUCAUUUCGACAAUCCCUCUGAACUGCUUGUCAGACAUCAAGUUUUCGCCUCCUUUAAGCGCGCUACGUACCGAGGCAGCCCGGCAUGGUCACCAGAACUACGGCGAGAAAUUCCAUUUCAAGCUUGGUGAUGUUGACCCACUGUGGUUCAAGACUGUGAGCAUGGACCAUUCAUCUCCAUACUUGAUCGGGUUUGCCGAUCACAAUGGCAGUCACGAAGCUACCAAAGGAACAUUCGUUGUUCUUGGUGCCAAGUCAGGCUCUGUAACUGAUAUUAAGGAUGCUGAUCGUCUCGUCGAUGACUUCAAGAGAAAUAUCCGGCCUGGGGCUGACGUCCAAGCGUAUCUUAUUCACGAUUGGGCCGCAGACCCUUACUCAAAGGGAGCAUGGAGUUGCUGGGCCCCUUUGGCGAUGACAACGUAUUUGCCCGAGCUUCAGAAACCUCAUGGUCGUAUUCUGUUUGCAAGUGCUGACUGGGCGAAUGGAUGGCGAGGCUUCAUCGACGGCGCCUUGGAGAGCGGAAAGCGAGCUGCAUCGCAUGCCCAGGUAAUUCUUGACGCUCACAUCACAGGCCGUCUCUGA